CCUAAGGUGCUAGAGGGUUUUGCACCCAACACUCAGUAUAUUAUUAUCUCCUACAAUUCUCUCUAUUAUUUCAUCACUUUCUCUCCAAACAACAAAAAUGGCCGGAAAGAUUGCCUGCUUUGUGGUUUUGUGCAUAGUGGCAGCUGCGCGCAGCGCAGAAGCCCUAACUUGCACAGACGUUGAUGCGCACCUCAAAAAUUGCGUACCUUUCCUUACGAAUACUGGGCUUCUAGGAACCUGUUGCGAUGGCGUCAAGGAAUUAAAUGCCGUUGCAAGCACUACAGUUGAUCGCCAAACUGCAUGUACUUGCCUGGAAGCUGCUGCUAAAAGUAUGUUGCUACUUGAUUUGACCAAAGCUGCUAAUCUCCCAAACACAUGUGGAGUCGAACUUCCAUUCAAGAUCAGCCUCGACAUGGCCUGCUCCACGGUCGUGUAAAAGGAUGAAGAAAGAUCUAAGUUUACAACCGCACAAUUUGGUAGUAUGCAAUAAUGAGGAGAAGCAGAAUAAGAGAUGGGAUUUUCUUCUUUGAUCUUAUUUACUUAUGGAUCCAUUUGUAUUUGGUCCCUGUUGUUUUCUUUUUUCCUCUUUGUGUGUGUUCCUUUGUAUUUGGUCCCUGUUGUUUUCUUUUUUCCUCUUUGUGUGUGUUCCUUUUUGAGUCCUAGACGAUUCUAGUCCAGUAUUGUGUAAUAAAUAAGCGGUUGUAUUUCUAUUCCAUCUUAGAUUGAACAUCUAUCAUGUUUAAUUAGCA